AUGCGUGAUUUUCAAGACGUGGUGCGACAUUGUUCACUCACGGAUUUAGGACAACAUGGUCCACUAUAUACUUGGUGCAACAAGAGAGAUGAGGGUCUGAUUUGUAAGAAGUUGGAUCGUGUUUUAAUUAAUGAGCAUUGGGGAGAUUGCUUUCCACAUUCUUAUAGUGUUUUUGAGGCUGGCGGUUGUUCUGAUCAUGCCAGAGGUCGCAUUGUCCUGGAGGCAGUUGCAACGGGUGGUCGCAGACCAUUCAAAUUCGUUAAUGCUAUGGCUAAACUUCCACAAUUUCAUGAGGUUAUUGCCAACAAUUGGCAUGGCACGGUCCCACUAUUCCCUUCUACGUCUGCUAUGCAUCGCCUCUCCAAGAAGCUAAAAGACUUAAAAUCAAGCUUGCGUUCUUUGGGUAAAGAGAAGUUUGGUGAUCUAUCAAAACGGACACGUGAGGCUCAUGAGACUCUUUGUCAAAAGCAAAUUGCAACUCUGGCUAGUCCGACUCCACAAGCGGUUGAAGAGGAGACAAAUGCUUAUUCUCUGUGGAGUCACCUUGCUGAGCUCGAGGAAGAUUAUCUAAAACAGAAAGCUAAGCUUCAUUGGCUGACUGUGGGUGAUAUGAACAAUGUCUAUUUUCAUAAAAUGGUAAGUAUCCGUAAAAUGCAGAACUCUAUUCGUGAGUUGUGUGGUCCAAAUGGGGAAAUACUGCGAACUAGUGCCGAGCUAAAGGGUGAAGCAGAGCGAUUCUUCAAAGAUUUUCUUAAUCAACAACCUACUGACUUUGUGGGACUGUCAGUGGAGGAGCUACAGAACCUCUUACCCUUCCGGUGCCAGGAGGAAGAUCGAGUGAUGCUUACCAAGCCGACUACUGCUGAUGAGAUCCAACAGAUUGUUUUUGUGAUGCCAAGUUAUAAAUCACAGGGGCCCGAUGGAUAUACUAGUGAGUUCUUCGAAGCUUCUUGGUCGAUCAUUGGCUCUGAUGUGAUUGCAGCGGUGUAG